CUGAAAUAUUUUUUAUGAGUUGUCUUUUCUACAAGUUUACAAUAAACUGUGAAACAAAAUCUUGUUUCUUAAAUAAGUGAAUUUCUAGAUUGUCGGUUGUGAUAAAAACUACAUGACAACCCGAUAACCGUACAAGUCUUUAAUUUAAACUCAAAUAUCUUCAGACGUGACUAAAUAGUUUGAGAAAAUAGUUGAAUUUUUAUAUUAUUGGGUGCAAUGAAAUUGUUUAUUUUGAGUUUAUUCGUCGUGCUAUUUCAGCUGACGAAUCAGCUGCCAGUUAAAGAGUCUUCAUCAACAGAAAAAGACCCUAGUAAUUCAAAAGAGAGCGAUAGCCCGCAAUAUAACUUGGAAAAUGUCAUUGAAUAUGAACGAUAUCUCAAAGAGGUCGUCUCUCUACUUGAAAGUGAUAAAGAAUUUAGGAAAAAGUUAGACGAAGCAAGCGAAGCUGACAUCAGAACUGGAAAAAUUGCACAAGAACUCGAACUUGUUGAUCAUAAUGUGAGAUCAAAACUUGAUGAGUUGAAACGAAAUGAGUUGGAAAGGUUACGUGGCCUUGCUCGCGAAUACUACGAACGUACAAAUGAGAUUGACCGUGAACAUUUAAAAAUUGCUGAGCAUUUGGAUCAUGAGAACGAGCAUACGUUUGAAAUUGACGAUUUAAAGAAAUUGAUUACAAAGACUGGAGAAGAUUUAGCUGAAGCUGAUCGCAGACGACAUGAGGAAUUCAAGCAAUAUGAGUUGCAGAAAGAGUUCGAAAAGCAAGAGAAAAUGCGAAACAUGACUGAAGAAGAGAAAAAGAAAUUUGAAGAAGAACUUAAGAAAAUGACUGAAAAACAUCAGAAACAUGAAAAAGUUCACCAUCCAGGAUCGAAAGAUCAACUUGAAGAAGUUUGGGAGAAACAAGAUCACAUGGAUGUCAAUGAUUUCGAUCCUAAAAAAUUCUUUAUGAUGCAUGAUGUCGAUGGAAAUGGCUUCUGGGAUGAAAUGGAAGUUAAAGCUCUCUUCAAAACUGAAUUGGAUAAAGUAUAUCAACAAGGAUUACCAGAAGAUGAUAUGCGUGAAAGAGCUGAAGAAAUGGAACGUAUGAGAGAACAUGUUUAUAAGGAAGCUGAUGUAAACAGAGAUCGUCUUAUAAGCUUCCAAGAAUUUAUGGAUCAGACUAAGAAACAAGAUUACCAAAAAGAUCCAGGCUGGGAUACCGUCGAUCAACAAGCUCAAUAUACGCAUGAAGAGUAUUUAGAGUUUGAAAGACGACGACAAGAAGAAAUUAAUCGUUUAAUUGCUGAAGGUCGCUUACCACCACAUCCAAAUAUGCCUGGUGGUUAUUAUCCAGCUGAUCCAAAUGCACAUUACCAAGUUCCUCAUCCUAAUGAGAUUCCACAAAAUUAUCAUCCAAAUGCUGUUCCACCUCAGCAAUAUCAGCCUUCACAAAAUGGUCAAUAUCAGCAACCACCGCCCAAUGCGCAUCAUGCACCCCCUCCACAAUAUCAACAGCAAGCGCCUCCUCCAAAUCAACAACAUCAUCAACAGCAGCAGCAAUUCCAACCCAACCCCAUUCCAGUUAAUCAAGUGCAAAACAAUCAAGUAAAUCAACAAGAUCAGAUGAGGCAACAAUAUGGUGAACAACAAAGACAACAAGCUCAACAGAAUCAACAAAUGGGGCAACAAAAUCAACAAGCACAAGUCCAAAACCCUCCAGCACAACAGAAUACUCCACAAAACUGGAAAGUCAACAAAAUGGAUUUCCUUAAAAUAUUUUUUGCUUUGACUUUGAUUUUAAUCAAUAAUUUUACAUCAGCCAUAAAUUAUAAAGAUUAUAAAGUAGCGACAUUCAUAAUUGAAAAUGAAGUUCAAUUGAAGCAAAUGCAAGUUUUGGAUGGUGAAAAUGGCUUCACAUUUUUGGAACCACCAGAAUUUGUUAACAGUAAAGUUGAGUUAGUCAUGAGACCAGAAUUAUUCACAAUGUUUGAAGAAAUUGCAUCCUCAACCGGAAUGAGUUUCAAGAUUGCGACUGACGACUUACAAAGUUGGAUUGACGCUGAAAAGCCAUUGAAGCAACGCAAGGAAGGCUUCUCAUUAGAUAAGUACAACAUUCUUGAAGAUAUCUACGCAUUCAUGGAUGAAAUGGAAGAAAAUUAUCCUGAAGCGAGUAUUUUCAUUGUCGGCGAAUCUUACGAAGGUCGAACAAUUAAAGGCAUGAAAAUCACAAAGAAUGAAAAUAAUCCUGGAAUGUUUAUUGAAGCGACAAUUCAUGCUCGUGAAUGGAUUGCAACUGCUACAUCAGUUUGGAUAAUCAACGAAAUUUUAACGACUACUGAUCCGGAAUUAAGAAACGUAAUCGACAGCAUAACUUGGUACAUCAUUCCAGUUGUAAACGUUGAUGGAUAUCAAUACACCCACGAUGUUGAUCGAUUGUGGAGAAAAACAAGAUCAGUUCAUAAUCUUCUUUGCCGUGGUGUUGAUCCAAAUCGUAAUUUUGGAUAUAAUUGGAGAGAGGGUGGAUCGUCAAAAGUUCCAUGCACCACCACAUACUCGGGCCCAGCACCAUUUUCAGAGAAAGAAACGAAAGCUUUAAUGGACUAUUAUUCAACUGUUUCUAAUAAAACUGACGCUUAUAUUUGCUUCCACUCUGCUGCUAAAAUGUUGAUGUAUCCACUCGGUAAUACUCUUUCCACGGAACUUGUUCCAAACCGAGAUGACUUGCAAGCAAUAGCUGAACACACUGCAAAAGCCUUGGAAUCUGUUCAUGGAACAGUUUAUCAAUAUGGAAAUGCAAUGGCAACACUUUACGUAACAUCAGGUUCUAGUCGUGAUCACGCUUAUGGAUAUUUCCACACUCCUUUACUUCAUUAUUUUAAAGUUGCUAAAAUAAGACGGUCAACAAUCGACAUGAAAGCAUUUUUGAUUCAUCUUUUUAUUGUAAUUUAUUUUGUUGACUAUUCAAUUGAAACUGUGAUUAGUUACAGAAAUCACAAAGUUGUUUCAUUUAGAAUUGAAAAUGAACAUCAAUUGCAGGAGAUUCAAAAUUUGGAAUUGCAACCUGGGUUUGUGUUCUGGGAUCCACCAGUGCAAGUGAAUAUGAAACUUGAGCUUAUUGUUCAUCCAGAAGCAUUUUCAAACUUUGAGGAAAUGACAGAAAAUUUCAAAAUCGAUUAUCAACUCUUGACUGAUGACUUGCAGACUUGGAUUGAUGACGAGAAACCUCAAAAACGAACUAAAGAAGGUUUCUCUUUCGAACAAUUCAACACUCUCGCAGAAAUUUAUCAGUAUUUGGAUGAGAUAACAACAGCACACGCUGAUAUUGCAAGUAUCAUUACGAUUGGUGAAUCAUUUGAAGGCCGACCUUUACAAGUUGUUAAAAUUUCCACGAAUGAAAACAAUCCAGCAAUUUUCAUUGAAGCAAAUAUUCAUGCUCGUGAAUGGAUUUCAUCAGCCACUGCUUUGUGGUUAAUUAAUGAGUUUAUUACCUCAACUGAUCCUACAUUGAGAGAAACUGUUGAUUCCAUCUCAUGGUACAUCCUUCCAGUGACAAAUCCCGAUGGAUUUCUCUUUACACACGAAGUCAAUCGACUGUGGAGAAAAACAAGAUCAAAUCAUAACAUUUUUUGUAGAGGUGUUGACCCAAAUCGGAACUUUGGAUACAACUGGAGAAUGGGUGGAUCGUCGAAAGUCGCUUGCACUGACACUUACAUGGGACCAGCUCCUUUCUCUGAAAAAGAAACGAAAGCUGUGAUGGAUUUUUAUGCAACCAUAGCUGACAAAGCAGAAGCUUACAUUGCAUUCCAUUGUGCUGCGGAGACUCUUCUUUAUCCCAUGGGACACGACAACAAUCCCGAGCUUCUUUAUAACGUCCAAGAUAUUCAUGAUAUUGCGGAAGCUGCUGUUGAUGCAUUGAAAGUUAAGUACAAUACAACUUAUACGUUUGGAAACACCAUUGAUAUUCUUUACGUUGCUUCUGGCUCCAGUCCCGAUCAUGCCUACGGAGUUUUCAAUACGCCAUUGGCUUAUACUUAUGAAUUUAGAGCCGGUCGUGGUACUCCAUCAAGAUUCAUUCUGCCACCUGAAGAAAUUGUACCGAACUCUGAAGAAAUCUUAGAUUCAUUGAUGGCUUUCAUCACAAAAGCUAGAUCGUUGGGUUAUUUCAAUGCUGAAGUUUGAUUUUAAUUAUUUCUGUACAAUAAAUAAAAGUAAUUUUCAUUUUGAAAUACCUAAUUAAAAA